CAACUGUUUAUCAUCCUUUCCCCUUAAUUUGUUUUUUAACACACAUCGGUCCAGUUAUUUCGGAAUUCUGAGGCUGAUAGCAUCAAAUUGAGGAGAGAAACUGAGAAAUAAUGGAGUUCGAGACGAUUAAGAAUUACUUGGAAAAACCAGGUAAAAAAGAUGAACCUACAGAAAUUCACAAACUUCCAUUGAGAUUUUUCGACGCUUUCAUCGUUCAUGGUCUUCGCAUUGAUCAAAUCGAACAUGGUCGUGUUCUCUGCUCCUUCAAUGUUCCUCAACGUCUCCUGAAUACUGCGAAUACUCUUCAUGGUGGCGCAAUUGCGUCUUUGGUGGAUUUGGUUGGUUCGGCUGUUGUUUUCACUGUUGGAGCUCCGUCUACUGGUGUUUCUGUUGAGAUCAAUGUUUCCUACCUUGAUGCUGCACUUCCUGAUGAAGAGAUUGAAGUUGAAGGCAAGGCUCUACGCGUUGGGAAGUCCCUUGCUGUUAUCAGUGUAGAAUUAAGGAAGAAGGCAAGCGGAAAGAUCAUAGCUCAGGGACGGCACACCAAGUACCUUCCUGUAUCCAGCAAAUUGUAGCUCUUUAUUGGGAAUGUCCUUAUUGUACUAGCUCUUUCUAUGUAUGUCAUCUAUUGCGAAAUUAACAUGUAUGUACAGUACAAUAAGAUCAUCUAGUAUAAUGAUGCCCUCAAGUACUUUUAUGUAACAUUUGUUUUUAUUAAGAUUGAUGCUCAUUUGCACA